UGCAAGAUUGCAACCACAGACUCCUACUUGAUUAUCAUCUUCUCAUGUACUCUCAUGAGUCAUAUCUUUUACCCUCUUCCUAUGGAUUCUUUUUCUGGCGUGUGUCUGUAGGCGUUUGCUAGAUUUUGUCGGAGAUAUCUAAAACCUACAAGAGCAAAGUCACAAGCGGAUUAUGAUCUUCUAAUGAUCCCUAUAUGAUCUCACUUCUAAAUGUCAUAUGAUUACAUUCCAAAACUUUCACACCAAGUCCGCCUCUAUCGUGCCUUCCACCUUUGUAUAUCAUGAUUAUUGACUGUCAUGUCUCUUCCCAAGUCCACAUUGUCACGCUGUUUAUCAGCACCACCCAAUAUGUCGGUUACUUCAAGAUCUCGAGCUUUGGCGUCCAAAGCACCUAUAAUUGUUACUGGACCACACAAACCCGACAGCGAAGGCCAACAGGAGCUGGACGAGACCAUCAGAAUAAUCAAGGCCCAUCUCUUAAGCCGACAUCGUGAAUCCAGUAUAGGAAUCAAAGUCGAUCAUAAAUCGAGACACUUCGGACAGGUCACCCAGUUUCUUGACAGGACUGGUGUGAGAUACGACAUCGACGACCAAGAUAUCCUGUUUAUCUAUGCAAUGCCCAGUUCCAUUCAUCAGAGCUUGGGUAUAUUUGCAGUUUCAUGUCUCAACCAUUUGAAAAAUGAGAUCCUGAUACCAGAAGAAGCAAGAAAUCUCGAAGUCGGGGUUACCUCACUUCGUCUUAGCGGCAAAAUCAAAGGUAAGGGUACCAAGCGGCAAGCAUCAAAGAAGACCCCCGAUCAGACUUUUUUUUUCCGUGAUCCACAAACCCACUGCCGCUAUCGUACCGUCAUUUUCGAAGCGGGCUUCAGUGAAACACAUGACGAUCUGGUACGGGAUAUGAAACAAUGGCUCUUACAUAGUCGUGGCGAAGUCCAGCUUGUCAUCCUGGCGGAUAUCAACGAAGACAAGAAACAGCUUUUGAAACAACAGAAGAGCGAAACCUUCAGAGACCAUGCUGCUAAAGUCCUGAAAGAUUUCGGGAAUCCGCUUGGAAGAAGGAAACAUACCGAGAUUCUGAUGGCGGAUAAUCGUGUUUAUCAGGGAGACCGAGCCAGGGAUAUUUCCGCCCUGGUUGAAAGACUGCAUCAUGAGAUUGAUGAUGUGGUGCAAGUGGAGGAUUGGAUUGGUCCAAUUACUGCUGAUUUGGAACUUUGGGUUCUGAAGGACUCUGAACCUUAUAGAAGAGGCCGUGCUCGUGUGUUCCCUGGGCUGACCGGACGUUUGCCUCCUAUUUAUACUGGCGAUAUAAUCCCUCUAUCCUGCCAGGGUAGCUUUCCGAAUUUCGAUGCGUCACGGAAGCUCUAUUUGGACCUUGAGGAGUUUCGAUGUUGUUUACUUGAUGGUAUUCGUGAUGACGCUGUUGAGCGCGCAUAUGAUUUCGCAUGCCCAAACAGCGAGGAUGACGAAGAAGAAGAUCAUCAGGAGUAGCCGCGGGCGUGUAUUACUCCCUAUUUUUAAAAUAUUACUUAACCUUAAUGAUGGACAGCUGGGAUGGUGUUUUCCCGUAUGUUGAAAAUAGGCCGGGUGUGGUUAUUGCUAGUCGCCCGAGGAAUGCUUGAUUGGCUUUCUAGCAGUUGAAUCCAUCAAUCAAUUAAUGUUCUCUUAACCAGUUGGAGCCCGUCUGUUAGGGCGAUAAGACU